AUGUCUUCCUAUCCAUUCACCUUUGAUUCCCCCAAAACAUCACCCGCAUCUCGUCUCCGUUCUCUCAUGAACGACGCAUAUAAAGAUCCCACCAAAAUCCUCGCCUUCCCAUGCACGUAUGAUGGCCUGUCAUCCCGUCUCGUGGAAGAAGCAGGCUUCCCCAUGCUCUUUCUCUCCGGCUUUGCUGUAUCCAGCUCCUAUGGACUCCCAGACACCGGAUACAUAGCGAUGGAGGACAUGUGUCGCAAGAUCCAAGAGACAGUGCGCGUAACGUCUCUCCCGAUCAUGGCCGACGGAGAUACCGGAUAUGGCAGUCCGAUGAAUGUGCGACGGACGGUGGAGUGUUUUGCCAAAGCCGGGGCGGCGGGGGUGAUGAUUGAGGAUCAGACGUGGCCGAAGCGAUGCGGCCAUACCAAGGGCAAGUCGGUGGUGUCGAGAGGAGAAGCAUAUGCGAGAGUGCAGGCAGCGGUGGAUGCCCGGAAUGAAGGCGACGACAUCUUCAUUCUCGCCCGAACGGAUGCAUUGAUUGAAGGGUGGGAGGAAGCCAUGACUCGAGCCAAAGAGUUCAAGAGGCUAGGGGUGGAUGCGGUGUUUGUGGAAGCAUUGCCGGAUCGAGCGGCGAUGAAGAAGUGCGUGGCAGAGCUUCAACUGCCGAUGCUGGCGAAUAUCAUCGAAGGGGGGAAGACGGAGAACCUGCCGGCGAGUGAACUGGCGGGAUUGGGAUUUGCAGCCGUGGCGUAUCCAUGGACGUUGGUGGCAGCGAGGAUCAAGAGUAUUCGACAGGCCUUGGAGGAGUUGAAGCAGAGCCUGACGGUGGGAGCACCGCCGAUGAUCUUGGGAUAUGAGGAGAUGUGUGAGGGAGUGGGAUUCACCAAGUACUGGGACAUGGAGGAGAGAUACCGAUACAGCUGAGACGGCAGAGACGGAGAUGAUCAACAGGAUCGAUACCCAAGAGGAAUGAUUGGUAAUGGACCUGUUAUUGAAGCAUAAUGGAGCUAUGGAGACGGCGGAGAUGGCGGAGAAGAAUCAGAAUACGAAUGAGAUAUACAGAAUAUAAAAAGAAUCAAUCAGUAUAUGACGAGUAAUCUACUUGUCCUUGCUUCUCCAUCUCCGUCGCACAGCACUACAACAAUAACCCAGGACAAUAACAACAAGCACUGACCAGGGGGAAUCCCGGCAUCUGUCACAUCAUAUUCUUCACAGCUCUGCCUUCUGAUUGGCGGGUCGCCCGCGCGGAGAUGGCGGAGAUGCAGUGGGCCUGUGGAGUAUAGAAUGGAAUAUCAGGAUAUAAAUGAGCAUAGAAGAACAGUAUCCUCUUUUCAUUCUAUCAUCAUAUUCAGUAUCAUCAGACAAGAUGGCCUUCAACUUCUGCGCCUUCUACACCAACCGCCCUCGCAUUGGC